AUGCCCCAGGAGCCUUGGAAUGCAGAAGAGGAUGAGCUGCUGUAUCAGUUAGUUCAACGACUUGGACCGUCAAGUUGGUCAGAAACGGCUAGAUUACUUAAUUCAACACUGAACGUUAAUAGAUUAGCAAAACAAUGUAGAGAGAGAUGGAUAUCUCAUGUUGACCCAAGAAUUAGAAGAGGUGAUUGGUCACUUUCUGAAGAUAGAUUUAUUUUAAACCAACAAAAUCUGUGGGGAAACAGAUGGGCCGAUAUUGCAAGACAUCUUCCUGGAAGAACUACACAUGCAGUGAAAAACAGAUAUCAUCAACUACAAAGAUUGCUUAACCAAGGAAAAACGAAACUUGAGACUAUUCUUAAUGCACCAUUAAUUCACGUUGUACCGCAUUUCCUACAACAAACAAAUUGCUUUAAAGAUAAUUCCGAAAAAAACAUCGAAUUUGGUAAUCAACUUAAGGUUAAAAAAGCUAUUAUCAAAAAAAGACGAGAAUCUAUUCAUGAUUACAGAUGCUUGAAUGAAAAGGAGUCAAUAGAUCAAUUUAAAAAAAAUAAGCAAAUCUACUCUGAAAAUGAAGUAAAUUGCACACAAAUUGAAUUAGAAAUAGAUAAAUUCAAUUCAGAAUUAAAUAAAAAAACGAUUGAAAAUUACAGUGGUUUUGAAAACUUUGAAAAAAAAUUAGAAAAUAACAUUAAUAAUGAUCCUGAAAUUGAUAAGCAAGGAAUUCAGACAAUUGAAAGCGUCUGUAAGAUAAUACCAUCCAAUUCUGAAAUAGAAUUCUCUCCUAGAAACUUCAGGCAUACAUGCCUUGAGUUCCAACAAUCUCCACCAGGGGUAUUACUUACAAGCGAUGUUGGGAUUUACCCUGUUACGCCCUCAUUUACUGAAAAUUACAAUACUUAUAAAACAAAUAACGCUAUUGAACCUUCUACUUGUGAAACGAACCAAGAUAAUCAAUAUAUUCUAAAAUCAGAGUUUUUGACACCAUCAUCAGAGUUGAGCGAAAGUUUGCCAAGCAAAUGCAUUCAAUCAAUUUGUGCUUUUAAUGAAGAUCCAAGUAUUUACGGGGAAAUGGAGUAUAGAGAUCCCAAUUGGUACGUUUGGAAUGAGAAUUCUAGUGGAUGGGAUAACAAUCCAAUACAUAGGCUUGACACUGGCAGCAUUGCCGAUCCAUUUCUACACUCAUUCCCUGAUAUUUAG